AUGGAUGACAAUGCGUCGUUUCGCCUUGCAACAGUCGAUGUAUCAGCAAUAAAUCGUUAUGGAAUUUUAUUUCUUUUCAUUAUUGGUACUUUGGGAAAUUUAUUAAAUGUUUAUGUCUUUAGUCGACCACGUCUUCGUCAUAAUACAUGUGUUUUAUGUUUAUUAUUAUCAAGUUUUCUCAAUUUUCUCGUACUUAUUUUUGGAGCUUUUAUACGAUGUUUAAUUGGUUUUAAUAUUGAUUUAACAUAUAAUUCAUCAAUAUUUUGUAAAAUACAUCUUUAUAUGAUAUAUGUAUCUCAAUCAGUAUCUCUUUGGCUGAUUGUAUUAGCUUGUAGUGAUAGAUAUCUAUCGUCAUCAUUAAAUAUUGUUCAUCGUCAAUGGAUAAAUCGUCAAAAAACUUCUAUUAUUAUAUCGUGUAUAUUAAUAUUGACUUCAUUAAGUUAUAUUGAAGUUUUUUAUUGUUUUGAAGCAUCAUUGAUAACUAAGAGUAUUUGUUCAGCUAAAAGUCAAUUAUGUUCAUAUAUAGAUACAGCUAAUUUUUUAAUUCUUAAUAGUUUUUUACCACCAAGUUUAAUGCUAGGUUUUGGUGCCGCUAUGCUAAUUAAUAUAAAACAAAGUCAUAAACGUAUUGAAGAUACUCAAUCAUAUCCACGACCAAUACAUAGAAUAAAUCGACGUGAUAAACAACUUAUAUCAAUGUUAUUACUCGAAGUAGUUUUAAUUGUUAUAAGUAUGGUUCCUAUAACUAUAAUCAAAUUUUAUCUAACAGCAACAAGUUUAAGAAGAAAAUCACAACAACAAAUUAAUAAUGAAUAUUUUGCUUAUCAAAUUUUAAUUACUGUUUCAUAUAUUAAUUCAAGUGGAAUGUUUUUUAUAUAUACACUUCGUGGUAAACUUUUUCGUAUUGAACUUAUUCGACUUUUUGAUCGUUUAUUAUGUUGUUAUCAACAAAAUCAAUUACGUCAACAGAUACCGCACAUGGCUUGGAUUUAUCCUAUAGAACACUUUUAA